AAUCUUGUUUUUUGGGUCAAAAACAAGCCAAUCUAAAAUAAAUAAAUAAAUGGCCAACAAAAUAAACUAAGAGCCGUCAACACCGUCCGAUCAGCACACGUAGUCAAUAUUUGACCUUAAUUGUUACCAUCCAACGGUUAAUAAAAAUAAGAACCAAAUUUCAAUUUUUCUUUGCAUACGCGCAAGGUAAUAUUCCAAAGGCAUCUUCCGAGAAAAAAACCCUAUUCGUAUCUCUCUUUCACUUGUAUAUAAAUCAAACUCAUCUCCUACACAUUCCACAACAAUCAUACAUCAAGGUUUUCCACAAGAUUCUUUUUCAGCGCUCUCGGACAAUGGCUAACAAGAACAACAUUGUCAUUGUAUUCGAUUUUGACAAGACGAUCAUCGACGUGGACAGUGAUAAUUGGGUCGUGGAUGAACUUGGCUUCACUGAUCUGUUCGACCAGCUUCUCCCCACAAUGCCCUUUAACUCUCUCAUGGCUCGGAUGAUGAAGGAGCUUCAUGAUCAUGGCAAAACCAUUGAAGAAAUCAAACAAGUCUUGAGAAGAAUCCCCAUCCAUCCUCGCGUCAUCCCUGCUAUCAAAUCUGCUCAUGCGUUAGGGUGCGAGCUGAGAAUAGUGAGCGACGCGAACACGUUAUUCAUCGAAACGGUUCUUGAACAUCUCGGGAUUCGUGAGUAUUUCUCUGAGAUUAAUACAAAUCCUGGACUUGUAGAUGAACAAGGAAGGUUAAUAGUAUCUCCUUACCAUGACUUCACCAAAUCCUCCCACGGUUGCUCUCGUUGCCCUCCUAACAUGUGCAAGGGUUUGAUAAUUGAGAGGAUUCAAGCUUCUUUUACCAAAGAAGGAAACAAGAUGAAGAUGAUCUAUCUUGGAGAUGGUGCUGGUGACUAUUGUCCGAGUCUUAGACUCAAAGCUGAAGAUUACAUGAUGCCAAGGAAGAAUUUCCCGGCUUGGGAUUUGAUCAGUCAAAACCCGACCUUGGUUAAGGCUACGGUUAGAGACUGGACCGAUGGUGAAGCUAUGGAGAGAAUACUAAUGGGAAUAAUCAACGAGAUUAUAUUAUCACCAGAAGAGGAGAAGAUGUUGAGCUCUGAUCAUUGCAAGAUAUCUGUCGGGAUUGUUCACGAACCUUUGGUGCCUCUUGCUCUUCAAGUUCCUUUAAGUCUGGUUAAGUGAUUGAUGAAGAUAAGAAAGAAUCUAAGAUCUUUUUGUUUCGAACAUUGUAUUAUAUUCUUCAUGCAACCGAGAAAGAAAGUAUAAGAUGCCUAAAGUUGAAUGGUUUGGUUUA